AUGCGUCUCGAUCUGGCACUCUCCCUUGUCGGGGCUGCGGCCACUGUCAAUGCGUUCGACCGCGAAAAGUUUCGCCUCAAGUCAUCGACCCAGUACACCAAGUCAUCUGAGGCUGCUGCCAUCUCCCUCAAGCUUGCCAAGCGAGGAGGUGACUAUGUUGACGUUGCUACGGAACUAGUCAAAACCGUAGCUCCUGACGCCGAGUUCCGAGUCAUCGAUGACCACUACGUUGGUACCAACGGCAUUGGGCAUGUUAACUUCCGCCAGACUGCUCACGGGGUUGAUAUUGAUAAUGCCAUCUUCAACGUCAAUAUUGAUAAGAACGGGAACGUAUUCUCUUACGGCAACUCCUUUUUCACGGGCGAUUUACCGGCAGAAGCUCCUGCUUCUGCCAAUACCUUGCCAAUUGAUUCCAUCAAGGCUUUGAACAUCGCCUCUGAGCUCCUUGGUCUGUCCAUCGAGACAAACGACGCCGCCCUUGAAGAGAGCUCCGACGUCUUUGUCAUCCAAGGCGUAUCGGGUGCCAGCCAAAACCCCGAGAGCAAGCUGGUCUACUUGAUCAAGCCGGACGGAAACCUCUCACUGUCAUGGAAGGUCGACACGGUGACUCAGGAGACCUCCUACUCCUCAUAUGUCGAUGUCAAUGCGGCCGAGGUCGUCGGUGUAUCUGACCAUGUGUCUGCGGCUACAUAUGAAGUCUAUCCAAUCGGUCUCAACGACCCCUGGGAGGGUGAGCGCAGUAUUGUCGAGAACCCUGAGGACAGCACAGCCUCGCCCAAUGGCUGGCUCGGCCGCAACAACGGUUACGACGCUACCUUUGGCAACAAUGUCAGGGCUGGCGCUCUGCCCGUUGCCGAAGUUCUCUACACCAAGCCCAACGCCAACGGGACCUAUGUGUUCGAUUACGUCCCUGACGGCGGAGCCCCUGUGGACUUCCGCGACGCUGCUGUGACGCAGGCAUUCUACACCACCAACAUGCUGCACGACCUAUACUAUCUCUUCGGCUUCACUCCUGCUGCCGGUAAUUUCCAGCUGAGCAAUGGCGAGGAAGGCGGCAAGGCAAACGACCCUGUCGACGUCUUGAUCCAGCACUAUGCCGGCAAGAACAACGGCUUGUUCUCGCAGACGGUUGACGGAAGAUCGCCCACGCUCACCAUGUAUGUCUUUGACAAGACAGACCCUUAUAGAGACGGGGCUUUUGAUCAGGGAUUCCUUAUCCACGAGUACACUCACGGACUCUCUGGACGCUUGACCGGCGGAGCAGCCACCUCAGCAUGCCUCGAAGACUGGGAAGCCGACGGCAUGGCGGAAGGCUGGAGCGACCUCUUCGCCUCCGCCCUGGCCAUCAAACCACAAGACACGAGCGCCACGGCGCAGUACGGCUUCGCCGCCUGGCCCCUCAACGUGACCAGCCCGCGCACCGCAAGGCUCGUCAUGUACUCGACCAACCGGGACGUCAACAACUGGACCUACUCCAACGCCAACGGUCUCGAGAAGGUCCACCAGGUCGGCACCGUCUGGGCGACCAUGCUCUACGACAUCCUCUGGAGCCUGAUCGACAAGCACGGGAAGAAUGACAACCCCCGGCCGGACUUUGUUGACGGGAAGCCAACGGAUGGCAAGUUCCUGUGGCUGAAGAUUCUCACGGAUUCCUUUUCCAUUCAACCCUGCAACCCAACAUUCAUCCAGGCCCGUGAUGCCAUCUUGGACGCCGACCUGGCGCUGACCGGAGGCGAGAACAAGUGUGAGAUCUGGAAGGGAUUUGCGGGUCGCGGACUGGGCGCGAACGCCGUGUAUGACAGAUCAAACCGGGUGGACAACUUCGACCUGCCUGAUGGUGUGUGCUAA